AUGAGGGCGCUGGUCCUGCUCUGCUGCUUUGUGGCAUCGCUCCUGCUCCCAGGACAAACAGAACUGCAAGUUUCCGCCUCGGGUGGCACAGAAGAUGUUGGCAAUUUGUUGGAGAAUCAUUUCUCUGCUGGAGAUGCAACUCUAGAGGAGAAGGAAAGGGCGCUUUAUGCGGAGGCCGCCCCUCGAGAGAAGACCCUGCUCCUUCACUCCCCGGAUGGCAGGGAGGCUGAGGGCUCGGAGCAGACAGCCGCCGGGGCCCCCGCUGCUGCUGCUGCUGCCGCCGCCACCGGCCCGGGCUCUGGUCCCGAAGCCAGCCUCUCCAAUGCCUCAGCCUCAAAGUCAGCUGCCCCCGGGGACCCUGCGGGGCCUGGGCAGGAAGAAGCAGGCCCACCAGGAGGGGAGGAUGGGCCUGAGGAAGAGCUGGGUUUGGGAGAGGGCCCAGGACAGGAGGGGGUUUCUGGGGAGGCCGAAGGACAGACUGGGAGUAGCAUGGUCCCUGAAGAGGCCAAAGAAGUCGUAGGCGACCACGCCGAGCAGGGGGCAGCAGUAGGGACCGCACAGCUUGAAGGCUCGGGGGGCGUAGAGGUCAAGGAGGCCCAUGCCCCAGAGACACAGCAGGAGGACAGUCCAGGGCCUGAUCAGGAGCCAAAGGUGCCAGACGGAACCUUGGACCUGGACGCAGAAACUGAGGAGGGGGCCGAGGACCACGGGGAGCCCACCUUCACCCUGGCCUCGGAGACCGGCAGUGCACAGAGCUUUGAGGCGGGGGGCACCCAGGAGGCCCAGCGCCCUGAGGCCCAGGCACCAGGGCUAACUGAGGAGGGCCUGGAUGUCUCCUCUGAAGAGGAGAGUGGUGACCACAGCGGAGAUGAGGAAGGAGAAGGCGCUGUGUCCGAAGAAUCCGAGGAGGACAGUGGUGACGGGGCUAGUUCAGAAGAAGAAGAGGAAGAAAAAGAACAAGAACAAGAAGAACAAGAAGAAGGGGGCACCCUGGAGGAAGCCGGGGAACCCCAGGAAGCAGCAGCAACCGCAAGCCCUGGGGACGAGGGGACCCAACUGAUCUCAGAGGAAUCAAAUACAGGGCCUGAGGGGGACGAGACAGAGGAACCUGGUGAGGGGCCUCAGGAAGAGGUGGAGGAUGUGAGUGAAGAAGUCCCGAUGAGGGACCGCUCCCACAUCGAGAAAACUCUGAUGCUGAAUGAGGACAAGCCUGUUGAUGAUUACUCUGUGGUGCUGCAGCGGCUUCGAAAGAUCUACCAUUCGUCCAUCAAGCCCUUGGAGCAGUCUUACAAAUACAACGAGCUUCGGCAGCACGAGAUCACAGAUGGGGAGAUUACUUCCAAGCCAAUGGUGCUGUUCCUGGGACCGUGGAGCGUUGGCAAAUCCACCAUGAUAAACUACCUCCUUGGGUUGGAAAACACUCGCUACCAGCUCUAUACAGGUGCUGAGCCCACCACCUCUGAGUUCACGGUCCUCAUGCACGGGCCCAAGCUGAAAACCAUCGAGGGUAUUGUCAUGGCUGCUGAUAGCGCCCGGUCCUUCUCCCCCCUUGAGAAAUUUGGCCAGAAUUUCCUGGAGAAGCUGAUCGGCAUCGAGGUUCCCCACAAACUUCUGGAGCGGGUCACUUUUGUGGAUACACCAGGCAUCAUUGAGAACCGCAAGCAGCAAGAAAGAGGUUACCCCUUCAACGACGUGUGCCAGUGGUUCAUCGACAGGGCAGACCUCAUCUUUGUUGUCUUUGACCCAACCAAGCUGGAUGUGGGUUUGGAGCUGGAGAUGCUCUUCCGCCAGCUGAAGGGGCGCGAAUCCCAGAUAAGGAUCAUCCUGAACAAGGCCGACAACCUGGCCACACAGAUGCUCAUGCGGGUCUAUGGGGCCCUCUUCUGGAGCUUGGCCCCGCUCAUCAACGUCACAGAGCCCCCUCGGGUUUACGUCAGCUCCUUCUGGCCACAAGACUACAAGCCCGACACCUACCGGGACCUGUUCCUCAAGGAAGAGAUCUCACUCCUGGAAGACCUGAACCAGGUGAUCGAGAACAGAUUGGAGAACAAGAUCGCCUUCAUCCGCCAGCAUGCCAUCCGGGUCCGCAUUCAUGCCCUCCUGGUGGACCGCUAUCUGCAGACUUACAAGGACAAAAUGACCUUCUUCAGUGACGGAGAACUGGUCUUUAAGGACAUUGUGGAAGACCCUGACAAAUUCUACAUCUUCAAGACCAUCCUGGCAAAGACCAAUGUCAGCAAGUUUGACCUUCCCAACCGCGAGGCCUAUAAGGACUUCUUUGGCAUCAACCCCAUCUCCAGUUUCAAGCUGUUGUCUCAGCAGUGCUCCUACAUGGGGGGCUGUUUUCUGGAGAAGAUUGAGCGGGCCAUCACACAGGAGCUCCCCAGCCUCCUGGGAAGCCUGGGGCUGGGGAAGAAUCCCAGUGCUCUCAACUGUGACAAAACAGGGUGUGGCGAGACCCCAAAGAAUCGCUAUAAGAAACACUAG